CAGCCACCUGUAGUGGACGUGCCCCUCAUCCAAACGCGCAACAACGUCGAACUCACUGCGGGGCACUUUUCAAUACUCCAGCAGCAACAACAACGAAUACACCAACCAUUCCCCGCAAUCAUGUUCAAGAAAGACAUCUCCCCGGGCGCAAAGUCCAAGGUCAAAUCCUCAGUCCAGCGAACCAUACGCGCCAAAGUCCUCGAAACCUACCCCUUGCUCGAGCCAUACAUCGAAGACAUUCUACCAAAGAAGGAGCAGCUGGAUCUCGUGAAGCUGCCGGACCGCGUAUCCCUCUACACCCUCGCCCAAACCCCGCUCUUCUUCCAACACAUGGACGACGCCAUCCUCCCCCAUCUGACCCUCGUGCACCAAUACCCGCACGCCUUCCACCGCCUGCGCAUCGACCGUGGCGCAAUCCGCUUCGUGCUCUCGGGCGCGACACUCAUGGCGCCCGGUCUCACAUCCCCAGGAGGCCGCCUACCCAAUGACCCGAACGAUACGGAUGGGAAGUAUGGCACCGAGGAGUUAUUGCCCGGGACGGUGGUGGCGAUUGAGGCAGAGGGGAAGGAGACGGCUUGUAUGGUUGGUGUGUUGAAGAUGGGGACUGAGGAGAUGAAGAAGGCGAAGAAGGGCCAGGCUUGUGAGGCGGGUCAUUAUCUUGGGGAUGGGCUUUGGGGUUUGAAUUUGGGGUGAG